AUGAAUGUUUAUUGAAAAAGUAUAAGAAAGAAACGCAACUAAAAAGGACAAACAUACAAAAAUGGGCCGAUUUAUAAUUCACUUUUUUUUUCUAAGUAUGGACUUUUGGUGAGUAAAUAGUAGUCGGAACAAGAUUCCACACAGCCUUGUCUAAUCACCACUCAGUUGGUUCAUCAGAAACUUCCUUCACCAUGGAGAGGAGUUUAGUCUGCAAAGUAGAUUAUAGACCUAACACAGCUAAGGUAAUUACUGUUUAACAGAUUUAAACACAUGUAGGUUACCGUAUCUUACCCUCAUGGAUCAUAAAUUAAAUUAGAUAAGAGAAUUGGAAGUAUCUGUGAUAUUUUUCCCUACAUUAUAUUUAUGUUGUUACUUUGUGUCCCUCGUCUAUUGGUUCAAGAGGUCUGCAUUCUAACUGUAUGAUCAUUGGUCCAAGAGGUCUGCAUUCUAACUGUAUGAUCAUUGGUCCAAGAGGUCUGCAUUCUAACUGUAUGAUCAUUGGUUCAAGAGGUCUGCAUUCUAACUGUAUGAUCAUUGGUUCAAGAGGUCUGCAUUCUAACUGUAUGAUCAUUGGUUCAAGAGGUCUGCAUUCUAACUGUAUGAUCAUUGGUCCAAGAGGUCUGCAUUCUAACUGUAUGAUCAUUGGUUCAAGAGGUCUGCAUUCUAACUGUAUGAUCAUUGGUCCAAGAGGUCUGCAUUCUAACUGUAUGAUCAUUGGUCCAAGAGGUCUGCAUUCUAACUGUAUGAUCAUUGGUCCAAGAGGUCUGCAUUCUAAAUGUAUGAUCAUUGGUUCAAGAGGUCUGCAUUCUAAAUGUAUGAUCAUUGGUCCAAGAGGUCUGCAUUCUAACUGUAUGAUCAUUGGUUCAAGAGGUCUGCAUUCUAACUGUAUGAUCAUUGGUUCAAGAGGUCUGCAUUCUAACUGUAUGAUCAUUGGUUCAAGAGGUCUGCAUUCUAACUGUAUGAUCAUUGGUUCAAGAGGUCUGCAUUCUAAAUGUAUGAUCAUUGGUACAAGAGGUCUGCAUUCUAAAUGUAUGAUCAUUGGUACAAGAGGUCUGCAUUCUAAAUGUAUGAUCAUUGAUUCAAGCCAGUGAGGUAUAUCAUUAAGUUCAGGCACUGCUGCCUCUCGGAUACAUAGCAGCCCUCAACCCGAGGGACAGCGUGUUUACUUGUGCCAUCCUGAAAGAGCCUCUCAGGGUGACAAAGACCCCAUUCACCGGUAACCGGAGCUCGCACGCUGCCACAUCAAGUAUUUGAGCAGGAUGGUGUUUAGGCCUAUCUGUUUGCGACCACAUUUACAACACAGCUCAGGAAAUGUCGGUAACACAUGAUUAAAGUCUGGUGGCGGAUGUCCUAAUCUCGCCUGACAGAGUAGAGACAAAGAGACUGUAGGCCUAACUUAAAUGUUUUCCUGAGACUGGGCCGACAGUUUUUUUUCCCCCUCAUAGCGCAGGGAGGUAGCAGGUGUGAGGAAGGAGGACCUUAACUUUUGUCCUUGUCAUCCUAGCCCAGGUGGAAGAGAUCAUUAUUCUGAGUUCAACGGAGAGGAGAAUGUGACAGGGCAGUGGACGUUAAGGUUCUAGAAACUUCUGGAGUCAAUGACAAAGAGUGCAUGAGUAGUUAAUGGAUAUAAAAGGACUGGAAGUCUGACGGGAUUUCAUGGAGCUAACUCAGUGGGCUACUCAGUGGAUAACAGGGGGUCGUUCUACCUUUCACAGAGCCGGUAAGCGCCCCAGUCUGUGUCGCUGCAAAACAUUUCGAGUGGCUGUUCUGAGAACAUCAUGCUCGUGGGUGUGUUUCACCGCUUUCGUCUGUGGACUCUUUCUCUUCCUCGGAGUGUGUUUUCUCAAUCUCUUUGACCCACGACUCCAACCCCUCCCUCUCACCGGAGUGGAGCCCAGAGAUGUCACCCUUCUGUUGUGGACGCACCCCUUCGGCCGUUACCGCAGACUGCCGGACUGUGAGGCGCGCUUUGGGAUCCGUGGGUGCGUACUGACCGACGACCGACGCAUGUACCCUGGGGCUGACGCCAUCAUCAUGCACCACCGUGAGAUAGUGACCAACGCCACGGCGCUCCCGUCUGACCCACGACCCCGUGGUCAGAAGUGGAUCUGGAUGAAUUUUGAGUCCCCGUCUCACACUCGUGGCCUGCGGCAGUUCGAGGGCUUGUUCAACCUCACCAUGACCUACCGUGCAGAUUCAGACAUCUUCCUCCCCUACGGCUACCUGGUGCCCCGCCUUCACCCUCAGGCCAACUCCCCCCACACACGCCCCCGACGGCCCCACCUACUGGCCUGGGUCAUCAGUAACUGGUCGGAGUCGCAGGCCCGCGUGGCGUAUUACCGUCGGCUGGUUAACUAUGUUGACGUGGAUGUGUUCGGGCGCGCAGGUGUGCCACUGCCAGAGGACAGCACUGUGGUGCGCACGGUGAGGCGUUAUCUGUUUUAUCUGGCGUUGGAGAACUCCCAGCACCCCGACUACAUCACCGAGAAGCUGUGGAACUCUUUACUGGCCGGGGCCGUUCCUGUAGUUCUCGGGCCACCGCGGGAAAACUACGAACGCUUCCUCCCCCAUGAUGCCUUCAUUCAUGUGGACGACUUCUCCUCUCCCCGCCUGCUCGCCCAAUACCUGAUGCUGCUGCGCCGGAGCCCCACCCUCCUGCAGAGACACCUGGCUUGGAGGAGGAGCUACAGCGUGCACCUGACCGCUUUCUGGGCGGAGCAUUACUGCACAGCAUGUCGCGUCGUGCGGAACCACAGUCUCCGGACUAACACCAUCACCAACCUUCAGCGCUGGUUUGAGUCCUGACCUCAGUGUGCAACCACAGACUCCGGACUGACACCAUCACCAACCUUCAGCGCUGGUUUGAGUCCUGACCUCAGUGUGCAACCACAGACUCCGGACUGACACCAUCACCAACCUUCAGCGCUGGUUUGAGUCCUGACCUCAGUGUGGAACCACAGACUCCGGACUGACACCAUCACCAACCUUCAGCGCUGGUUUGAGUCCUGACCUCAGUGUGGAACCACAGACUCUGGACUGACACCAUCACCAACCUUCAGCGCUGGUUUGAGUCCUGACCUCAGUGUGGAACCACAGACUCCGGACUGACACCAUCACCAACCUUCAGCGCUGGUUUGAGUCCUGACCUCAGUGUGGAACCACAGACUCCGGACUGACACCAUCACCAACCUUCAGCGCUGGUUUGAGUCCUGACCUCAGUGUGGAACCACAGACUCCGGACUGACACCAUCACCAACCUUCAGCGCUGGUUUGAGUCCUGACAUCUGACUCCUUUUUGACCUUCCAAUAUGUGGUGACUACUAUGAACAUGAUUGGUCAGAUAUCUAGCCACAACCCAGUCGGUAGCAGGGAAUCUAUAGGAACUAUCGUCAACACCAUUCAGUAAACGGAAAGAAACACUUCAUAUUUAUCGAACAUUAUUGAACUGUGAUUCACUUGUCUGUUAUUCUUGUUGUUGUUAUUAGUCAGGGUUCAGUAGUGUUGUGAAGUGAGUUAGACUGUAUAAGAAACAUAGAUAUGGCUCUCAUCAGUGUGUUGUGUGGAUUGUUAAGACGGGCUGCUUAUGGAGGCCUAGCCUUCCUUAAACAACCUUAGACUUAAGGACGGGACAGUGGGAUGGGUUAAGCAUCAUGGCCAUGUUAACCCCAGUAGUCUUGAUACUGCCCAGACAUUACCAGGUGACCAGCUGCUACUUAUCCCACACCAGUAGACAUGGGCAAUCUCAACCCCAGGAUAAACCACAACACCAACCCCCGGGGCUCCUGUCCCACCUCCAAAGAAGAUACCUGUGAUGCACACACACGCACGCACGCACGCACGCACGCACGCACGCACGCACGCACGCACGCACGCACGCACGCACACACACACACACACACACACACACACACACACACACACACACACACACACACACACACACACACA